GAUUACAGCGUACAGAGGUAUAGCGUUUAGUUGGGGGUAUUGCUGGUGUUUGUAGCGCGGCACUUACAAGACUGCGUCACAUUAUGUCGACCCAAGUAGAAGAAGCUGCGGCGACGGUGAAAGACACGAGCAGACUGGAAGAGAUCUCACAGAUUAUAAUGGAAGAGACUGAUUAUAAGAGCGUUGACGAGAAUGGCUCUGACUAUUUAGUGACCAGUCGUCUUCCAGAGACUAUAGUAAAUGGUGAAAAACCUACCUCAUCUGUGUGUCUGGGUGAAAAGAAAGAGCGAAUAACAAGUAUUGAAGGCACUAUGUUGUCCAGUUACUUGGUGAAAGAGACCAGAGAGGAAACUCCAGGAAGAGAAGAGACCAGGCUGGACCCACCUGAUGGGCAACAGGACUUAGCCACUGAGAGGAUCAAGGAAAAGACUUUAGGUAAAGAGGUAUUACUUUUGAUGCAAGCUUUGAACACACUGAGUACGCCUGAAGAAAAAUUAGCUGCACUUUGCAAGAAAUAUGCUGAUCUUCUGGAAGAGAGUCGAAAUUUCCAAAAACAGAUGAAGAUUUUGCAGAAGAAGCAGGCACAGGUUGUGAAAGAGAAAGUUCACUUACAGAGUGAGCACAACAAGGCUAUCCUGGCACGGAGCAAGUUGGAAUCCCUCUGCCGUGAACUGCAGAGGCACAAUAAGGCAUUAAAGGAAGACAAUCUCCAUCAAGCACGUGAAUAUGAGGAAGAACGUAAAGAAGCCACUGCCCAUUUUCAGAUGACAUUGAGUGAAAUCCAGACUCCGAUGGAGCAGCAUGAUUUGUAUAACGCCAAGCUACAGCAGGAAAAUGUGGAGCUGGGGGAUAAGUUUAAGAAGCUUAUUGAGCAGUACGCGCUGCGGGAGGAGCACAUUGAAAAAGUUUUCAAACACAAGGAACUACAGCAACAACUUAUUGAUGCCAAGCUGCAGCAGACCACACAGCUUAUGAAACAAGCUGAAGAGAGGCAUCAACGAGAGAGAGAGUUUUUGCUGAAUGAAGCAACAGAGACCAGACAGAAAUUUGAAGAGCUAAAGCAACAAGAGACCCAGUUAAAGCAGCAGCUUUCACUUUACAUGGAAAAAUUUGAGGAAUUCCAAACAACCAUGGCAAAAAGUAAUGAGCUUUUCACAACUUUUCGGCAAGAAAUGGAGAAGAUGACUAAGAAAAUAAAGAAGCUGGAAAAAGAAACUGUUGUGUGGCGUACAAAGUGGGAAAACAACAAUAAGGCUCUACUACAGAUGGCGGAAGAAAAAACUGUGCAAGACAAGGAAUACAAAGCUAUGCAGGUUAAAUUGGAACGUUUGGAGAAGCUCUGCAGGGCCCUGCAAACGGAGAGGAAUGAGCUCACCAAGAAGGUUGCGAAUCUUCAAGAUCAGGUGUCUGUUCUAGAUGAUGAGGAACCGGGAGGAGGGGACUUUUUAGAGACAAGUACAGUGACGUCUUCAGAAGAGCUGUAUGUGAUCGGCCACAGAGAAGAAUUUGGAAUUCAGCCCAUCUCUCAGUCGUUAGAGGAAAACACCAACGGAGAAGAAAGACUCUUGACAGGGCCUUCUUGUGCAAUAGAUUCAGUUGACUAAAAUGAGCAAACCACUGUUUAAAAACCCAGGUACACAAUAAUAUAUUUGUGUAUAAACUUGUUGUUGGUAAUGUUUUUUUUUUGUGGUGAGAAAUUUCUUACUUUUUCUACCAUAUCUGUAUUUUCCUAGGACUUCUUGACUACAUGUGGUACAUAAAGCUUCCUAGCAUCUUUGUCUGGUACUUGUCACACCGCACAGUUUGACAGCUGCCUUAAUUUAGUUGUCCAUAUUCUGGGAUGAUGGGUGCAUGUUGCAAACUCCCUCGUUACAAGCAACAUGCUUAGAAAUAACAUGUGGAAUGUAGAGACUUGUUUUGUUUUUUUUUACCACGCCUGUUCAAUGAGAAGCUACUAAUGUUCAGUAUAAAAAAAAAAAUAAUAAUAUUUUUGACCAUAAUGAAGUUGAAAUGUUCAUUUUCAUAUCAUUUUGUCUCCAUUGUACAAGUCUGGUUAUAGUUUUGUACUCAGACAUUUAUAAAAAAAAAAAAAAAAAAAAGGGGGUAUAUUUGUACGUUCUUAUGGAUUAAUAAUGUAAUAUUUCAGAAGGCCUCUGACUAUAUAUACAUUUGGAAGUGGUUUAAAAUGCAUUCCUUGUACAUCUAGGAAAUGGCUCCUUUUGCUCAGUUUAUUCUAAACUUAAAACUGGUCAAGCCUUGGCUAGCCUUGCUGGAAUCACGCUACAUAUAUGUUUAUAAGGUGUUUCCCAUGUGCAUGUCUAUAGUAAAUGUAGUAAUUUACUAUAUAAUUAUAUGGACCAUAAUUCCUAUAAAAUGUGACUGUGAUUGGAGAACCGGAAAGUUAUUAGUCAGGGAAAUGGUAACUCCAACAAUGAAACCAUUUGUGUGUCAAAUUUAUAUUACAGAUUCUAUAACUGCACCUGUCUUAUUUGAGCAUAUUGGGCAUUUUUUACAUGUUAUAAAGUCAUUUGUCCCUGUC